AUGGUUUCCGACACUGUCCCCAAAUUCCCCUUCGCCCGCCCUCAUGGUGCCGAGCCCCCUGUCGAAUAUGCCCGCCUCCGUGCCACAAAUCCCAUCAGCAGAGUAGAGCUCUGGGAUGGGAGCCGUCCUUGGCUGCUUGUGAAAUGGAAGGACAUCGUCUCUGUAGCGACUGACGAACGAUUCUCAAAAGAGCGUACGCGGCCUGGUUUCCCUGAGAUGAGCCCCGGCGGCAAAGAGGCGGCAAAAAACCGCCCGACCUUCGUGGACAUGGAUCCCCCCGACCAUGGACACCAGAGGGGCAUGAUAUCUGAUCUCUUCACAUACGAGCACAUCGAGACGAUGCGGCCGAAGAUCCGAGAGACGGUGAGCCAGCUGUUAGAUGAGAUGCUCAAGAAAUACGAUGGCCAGCCGAUUGACCUGGUCGAGCACUUCUCGCUGCCUGUUCCAUCAUAUAUCAUCUACGGAAUUCUUGGUGUCCCCUUCUCCGACCUGGCCUUUCUGACCAAACAAGCCGCCAUCCGCAGCAAUGGCAGCGCCACGGCCACGGAAGCGUCAAACGCCAACCAGGAGCUGCUCAACUACAUGGGCUCUCUUGUUGACCAGCGCUCUGCCGAGCCCAAAGAUGACUUGAUCAGCCAUCUUGUUACUACGCAGCUGCGCCCUGGCAAUCUUACCAAAGCUGAUGUCGUGCAAAUGGCCUUCCUGAUGCUCGUUGCAGGCAACGCUACCAUGGUGAACAUGAUCAACUUGGGUGUCAUCGAACUCUACCUCAAGCACCGGGAUACCCAACUGGCCGACCUCCGCGCCGACCCGCGUGCCCUAGCCCCAGCUUUCGUCGACGAGCUCUGCCGCUACCAUACCGGCUCGGCCAUGGCCAUGCGGCGUGUCGCCAAGGUCGACGUGCGCUGGGGUGUCAAUCUCAUCAAAGCCGGCGACGGCGUCAUCAUGGCCAACUCGUCGGGCAACCGCGACGAGGACAUCUUCCCCUCGCCCGACGACUUCGACAUGCACCGCCCGCGCGGCGCCGAGGCCGCCCUGGGCUACGGCUUCGGCGCCCACCGCUGCGUGGCCGAGUGGCUGGCCCGCGCCGAGAUGGAGGAGGUCUUCGUCGCCCUGGUCACCCGCGUGCCCGGUCUGCGCGUGGCCGCCGCGGCCGAGGACGAGAUCAACCCCGGCCUCGCCGACCAGAGCGUGUCGACGUACGACAACGAUCUGGCCGAGGCCGUGGCCAAGCUCGUCAACACCACCAUGUUCGAUAUUGUCAAGGUGCUCGAUACUGACUCAGCCGAUGACGGCACCAAGCAGCAGGCCAACGACCUGCUCGGCGCCUCCGUAAAAGCCCCUGGCUAG